AUGAUGUUUGUUCCAUUUACUGGUAUCGACAACCACAAUCGUAACGUUACUCUUGGUGCCGCUAUAAUAGGCAACGAAACGGCUGAAACUUAUAGUUGGUUGCUUAAGGUGUUUCGUGAAGCAUUUGGCCGUGCUCGUCUGGUGAUUGUCACCGACCAAGACCCAGCGAUGAAGAAGGUUGGUGCUACAAUCUGCAAUAGUACAGAUUUCAAAAAGAGGUUGUGUGCCAUUGUGUGGACCGAUUCAAUUCUACCUGAGAAGUUUGAACUCAAUUUAUCAAAUCAGGGAUACUUGGAUACCGGCUUAUUAUCACGAGGAGUUCAUGUCCGGGCUUAUGCGUACCUUAUCUCGUUCAACCAUUUCUUUGGACAGUUUUGUAACCCAGAGUGCACUCUUGUCGAAUUUUUCAGGCAUUUUGAUUAUGCCAUUGAAGCUCAGAGACAUAAGCACAGGAAGAACGACCAUGACACUACAAAUACAAAUGCUGACAUAUGGGUCGUAGACUUUGUUUUGGAGGAUCAAGCAGCCAAUAUAUACACACGCACUAUAUUUUUUGACCAGCCGUGGAGAUACAAAAUAGUGUACACAGAUGUGCUAUCGGAAAGUGGGAAAAUAUGGGUUAUGAUACGGGAGGACGACAUGACUAUGUACUGUACAUGCAAAAGAUUCGAACAGUUUGGGUUGUUGUGCUCACACAUCUUUUGUGUGCUAAGGAUGCUUGAUAUUAGGGAGUUUCCACAAUGCUAUAUCUUACGACGCUGGACUCGGGAAGUUGUUCCCAAUAGUGCCCUUGGUGCUAUUCUAGGUAUCAACGAGUGUGAGGAUCGUUAUAAUGAAGUUAACUGUGUUGUACACGAGAGCACAUAUUCUACGGAGUCUGUUAUUAACAGGCUUGUCGCUAACUUUGAUGUGUUGAGCUCAUUCAGGGAUCAUGUUGUUAACUAUUUCAAAACAGCUAAUGAGACGGUGGUCAAUGCCCCACAUAAGAGCCGUCGCGAAAGCUUUGCUAAAAUUACUGGUAACACACAACCAUCAAAUGUAACCGUUCAUGUUCCCGUUGGAACUAGAUACAAAGGUUUGGGUAAGCCUAAACGAAUGAAGUCCAAACGUGAAAUUGCUAUAAGUCAGUUGGGCAAAAAGAGCCAUCAGUGUCAAAACUGUUUUAGAUACGAGCAUAACAGAUGUACUUGCAAAAACCCUACCCGGACUAAAGAACAAGCUAUGGCCGAGGAGGACGGUGAAGAAGCUAAUGAAGUUGACAAGGAGGAAGAUGAAUGGGAAGAAGUUGAAGAAGCUCUGGAUGAACAAGAUGAGGACGAAUCAGACGAGGAGGAUGGAGAAGAGGACAAGGAAGUUAUUUAG